AACAAAAGUGGGAAAGAUGGCGACGCAGAGAGAGGAGGACGCCGCUGAGUAUCUAAAAAAACACAGAAUCAUCGAGCUGUUGGACAACCUGAGCUGCAUGCUCUUCUUCCACAGACCUGAGAAGCCCAGAGAGUUUCUGAUCGAGCAGCUGGAGCAGCUGAAGAUUUCUCAGAAGACCCAAUUGAAAGGACCAAAUCUGUUCAACAGCGCCAACCUGGACGCAGUCUUUGGGAUCCUGGACCCCGCUGAUCAGAAAUACAUUACUUUUGCCCAAUACAAGCAGGCUCUGAUCACACUGGGCAUUGAAGACAUUAAUGAAUGUCCUGAAGGCGUAAAUGAAGACAAGAUAUCCCAUGAAACCUUCAGAACUGAAGCGAUGCAAGGCCUACAGAGACGCUCAGCAACAUAUGAACAACCGUGAACUUAUUUGAGAUUUUUUUCCCACUCAGCUGAUGUGUUAUUUGUUCAACAAUGUACUGCUGAUGUGGAUUAUGGGUGUUAUCAUUAGCACUGGGCCUUAUGUGGAUCUGUGUCUUGCACAUUUAGCAUAUUUUGUAUAAUUGUUGUUAUUAAACUGCUCAUAUGUACUCUGAUUUGAGUU